AUGAGCCAUCACGAAGAUCCUUUCUCCAAUCAUACAGAUGGAGAAAGAGAUGUGGAGAAGCAAGAUGAUAGUGAUGAUGGAAUCGGCUCUCCUGGGGGAAAUCCCAGGGCCAGCCGCCAAAAGAAAGAGGGUGCAGAUGGAGCUGCCGAUGGACAGGCCAGAGAAGAGUUGAAAGAAUGGGCCUGCUACGACAAGCUAGGAUACUCUUUUUCCUGGUGGAAGAAAUGGACUAUCCUCUCCGUCAUCUUUGCUGUCCAAACAUCAAUGAACUUCAAUGCUAGUUUUUAUGCCAGCAGCAUCACUCUGUAUGCGAAGCACUUCGCCAUCUCAGAGCAGGCUGCGCGUACUGGUCAGAUGGGAUUUCUGGUUGCUUAUGCAUUUGGCUGCGAGUUUUGGGCGCCCUUCAGUGAAGAGUUUGGUCGAUGGCCAAUCAUGCAGCUCAGCUUGUUCUUCGUCAACAUAUGGCAAAUCCCCUGUGCUCUGGCUCCCAACUUUGGAACCAUUGUUAUUUGCCGCAUUCUCGGGGGUCUAUCGUCUGCCGGUGGUUCUGUAACUCUCGGUAUGGUAGCAGACAUGUGGGAGCCAGAGAACCAACAAUACGCCGUAGCGUUCAUUGUGCUAUCCUCCGUGGCAGGUUCGGUCAUUGCCCCAGUCGUCGGGGGCUUUGUGGCAACCUUCCUCAGCUGGCGCUGGAAUUUCUGGCUUCAGCUUAUCCUCGGAGGCUUUGUGCAGAUACUGCACUUCUUCAUUCCAGAGACCAGGUGCAGCAUCCUCGUCACGAGAGAGGCUAGGCGAAGACGCAAAAACGGGGAGAUGGUAUGGAGUGGUGACGAGCUGAAGAAAACUCGCAUGUCUUUCCGCUGGGUGUUCAUGGUUUGGGUACGCCCGUUUAUCAUGUUCGUGCGUGAGCCUAUCGUCUUGUGCCUCUCUCUGCUCAGCGGCUUCAGUGAUUCUCUCAUCUUCACUUUCCUUCAAUCGUAUACGCCGGUAUACAAGCAGUGGCAUUUUAAUACAAUUACCACUGGACUUUCUUUCCUUCCACUUUUGGUGGGCUAUUUCAUUGCCUAUUUCUCGUUCAUUCCAUGGAUUCAUCGGCAUGGCAGGAUUAGAAAGCAAGACCCAGAUGGCCUUCAGCCGGAAGCUCGUCUUUAUUGGUUGCUAUGGGUGGCUCCUCUGUUGACAAUUGGCCUAUUUGGAUUCUCGUGGACUAGUCUCGGUCCACCCCAUGUCCAUUGGAUUGCACCUAUGAUCUUUUCAGCCUUGAUUGCCAUUGCUAAUUAUGCCAUUUACAUGGCCACAAUCGACUACAUGAUUGCCUCGUAUGGUCCAUACGCCGCCUCAGCCACAGGAGGAAAUGGAUUCGCCCGUGAUUUCCUGGCUGGUAUUGCAGCGAUGUAUUCAGUGCCGAUGUAUACCCAUAUGGGUACAACAAACCAUCUUGAAUGGCCAUCCACCUUCCUGGGCUUCAUGGCGAUCCUCUUCACCAUUCCAAUAUACGUGUUCUAUUGGAAAGGUCCUAGGAUUCGGGAACUGUCACCAUUCGCGCAGACCUUGGCUUCGGACCGAAAGAAGGCUGGCCGCAGGGUUUCUUCCUGUGGUUCCGGUGAUCCAGAUCCAGUCGAGAGGUAUUUGUCUGAGCGUUCCUCGAGCGAAACCAGAACUAGAGCCAGUGUCUGA